GGAUAACAAAUACGCUGGUAUCACCAUCACCAGCCAAUCUGACGAGCGCAAUCUCGAUGGCAGCAGCCAAUGGAGCUAUGCCCAGUCUGACUACACCACUCGCGAAGAGUCUCAGGUCCAGAAGAAGAUGCAAGGAGUCACCUACGAUUCCUACGGCAAAGAAUCGUACGGUGAAGUCCUAGGCAACACUAACAAAGGAUCCUCUUACUGGGUUUCCCCUGAAGGCCAGAAGUUCACUUUGACCUGGGCCGCUGAUGAAGCCGGUUUCCAGCCCAAAGGUGAUCACUUGCCCGUCGCCCCCGUCCACGAAUAUGAGCUCCCUGUUGCCGCUGUUCACAUCCCUUUCAACGGCAAAGGCUAUAAGAUUUACUAAAUUAUAUAAAAUCCUGUCUGAACACAUUAUUUAAAUUUCUGUACUGAAUGCACUGACAUUCUUGUAUUAUCGGUACAAAAAAUACAUGUUAAUAUGAA